ACAAGCAAGCCUGUGAUGUGAUGGAGCAAUUCAGGCAAAUCGGAGAGGUUCUAGGAAGCUUAAACGCGCUUAUGGUAUUACAAGACGAUAUCUUAAUCAACCAAAGACAAUGUUGUUUGUUGUUAGAUAUUUUCAGUUUGGCUUUCAACACCGUAGCCGAAGAGAUCAGACACAACUUGAAGCUUGAAGAGAAGCAUACUAAAUGGAGAGCUCUUGAACAGCCUUUGAGAGAGCUUUAUCGAGUUUUUAAAGAAGGCGAAAUGUAUGUUCGGAAUUGUAUGUCUAAUAAAGAUUGGUGGGGUAAAGUUAUCAACUUUCAUCAGAACAAAGAUUGUGUUGAGUUUCACAUUCACAAUUUGCUUUGUUACUUUUCGGCUGUGAUUGAAGCCAUCGAGACAGCGGGAGAGAUUUCGGGUCUCGACCCUGCUGAGAUGGAGAGGAGGAGAGUUGUGUUUUCAAGAAAGUAUGAUAGGGAGUGGAAUGAUCCCAAGCUGUUUCAGUGGAGGUAUGGGAAACAGUAUUUGGUACCGAGGGAUAUUUGCAUUCGGUUCGAGCAUUCGUGGAGGGAAGAUAGGUGGAAUCUAGUGGAGGCAUUGCAAGAGAAGAGAAAGUCCAAGAGCGAUGAGAUUGGGAAGACUGAGAAGCGUUUAGCUGAUUUUCUGUUGAAGAAACUAACCGGGUUGGAACAGUUUAAUGGUAAGCUCUUCCCGAGUUCGAUACUUGUUGGUUCUAAGGAUUACCAAGUGAGGCGGAGAUUAGGUGGUGGUGGUCAGUACAAGGAGAUUCAAUGGUUAGGGGAUAGUUUUGUGUUGAGACAUUUUUUCGGGGAUCUUGAGCCGUUGAAUGCAGAGAUUUCUUCUCUGUUAUCGCUUUGUCACUCGAAUAUACUUCAGUACCUUUGUGGAUUCUAUGACGAAGAAAGGAAAGAAUGUUCUUUGGUCAUGGAGUUGAUGCACAAAGAUUUGAAAAGCUACAUGAAAGAGAAUUGUGGACCUAGAAGAAGAUAUCUUUUCUCUGUUCCCGUUGUGAUCGAUAUAAUGCUUCAAAUCGCGAGAGGGAUGGAAUAUCUUCAUUCCAAUGAGAUUUUCCAUGGAGAUUUGAAUCCCAUGAACAUUCUUUUGAAAGAGAGAAGUCACACCGAAGGUUAUUUCCACGCGAAAAUCUCGGGUUUCGGUUUAACCUCAGUGAAAAAUCAGUCUUUUUCUCGGGCGUCCUCUAGACCAACCACACCCGAUCCUGUAAUAUGGUAUGCACCUGAAGUUCUAACAGAGAUGGAACAAGAUCUCAAAGGUACAGCUCCGAGAUCAAAAUUUACACAUAAAGCUGAUGUCUAUAGCUUUGCUAUGGUGUGUUUCGAGCUGAUAACCGGUAAAGUUCCAUUUGAAGAUGACCAUCUUCAAGGCGAGAAAAUGGCUAAGAACAUAAGAACGGGAGAGAGACCUCUUUUCCCAUUCCCUUCGCCAAAAUACCUCGUUAGUUUAAUUAAACGGUGUUGGCAUUCAGAACCGAAUCAACGUCCAACAUUCUCUUCGAUAUGCCGGAUCCUCCGCUACAUCAAGAAGUUCCUAGUGGUGAAUCCGGAUCACGGUCACCUCCAAAUCCAAAAUCCUCUAGUUGAUUGCUGGGACUUAGAAGCAAGGUUCUUGAAAAAGUUCUCAAUGGAGUCAGGUUCUCACGCGGGAUCGGUGACACAAAUACCAUUCCAGCUCUACUCAUACAGGAUUGCUGAGAAAGAGAAGAUGAGUCCAAACUUUAACAAAGAAGAGAAUUCAGAAACAGGGGAAUCUGUUUCUGAAGGUGUUUCAGUGGUUGAAGAUCCACCAACAAUGCCAAUGUAUACAAAGUCAUUGUGCUUAGAUGCAAUAUCUGAAUACUCAGAUACAAGAUCAGUUUACUCAGAAGCUCCAAUCAAAAAGACAUCAGCUUUAAAGAAAAGUGGUGACACCAUAAAAAACAGAAGAAACUCAAUCUCAGGUUUGCGGUCUCCAGGAUCAUCGCCUAUAAAACCGAGAUCAACACCGAAAGUAUCAUCACCACUAAGUCCAUUUGGAAGAAGCAACAGCAAAGCAAGGAAGGAUACAAGAUUGCCUUUGAGUCCUAUGAGUCCUUUGAGCCAUGGAAGACGUAGACAACUCACUGGUUUUGUUCGAUUAAAGAUUGGAUUUUUGCGUUUACUUGUAAUGGCCUCGCAGACGCAGUUACGUUUGAUUAUCUGUGAGUUCUCGAGGAAAUUUCAAACGAGAUUGAGUACCCAGAAACUGCAUAGCUUUGUUACCAAGUCCAAACUCUCGCGUGACCCGUAUUUCGCGACGCAACUUGUUAGAUUCUAUGCGUUAAACGAUGAUCUUCUGUCUGCUCGCAAACUGUUCGACGUAUUUCCUGACAGAAGUGUUUUCCUCUGGAACUCUAUUAUUCGAGCUUAUGCUAAAGCUUAUCAAUUUAGUACUUCUUUGUCACUCUUCUCUCAGAUGCUGAGUUCUGAUACGAGACCUGAUAACUUCACUUAUGCGUGUUUAGCUCGUGGCUUUUCAGAGAGUUUCGAUGCAGAGGGACUGAGACGUAUUCAUGGGAUUGCAAUUGUGUCUGGUCUUGGUUUUGAUCAAAUUUGUGGCAGUGCAAUUGUUAAAGCUUAUUCAAAUGCUGGACUUAUCGUUGAAGCAAGUAAGUUGUUCUGUUCAAUACCAGAUCCAGAUCUUGCUCUGUGGAAUGUUAUGAUUCUUGGAUAUGGAUGCUGUGGAUUUUGGGAUGAAGGAAUCAAUUUGUUUAACUUGAUGCAACAUCGAGGACAUGUACCGAAUUGUUAUACAAUGGUAGCCCUAACGACGGGUUUGAUUGAUCCGAGUUUGUUACUCAUUGCUUGGUCUAUUCAUGGAUUUUGUUUGAAAAUCAAUUUAGAUUCUCAUUCUUAUGUUGGUUGUGCUUUAGUGAACAUGUACUCGAGAUGCAUGUGCAUAGCUUCUGCUUGUAGUGUGUAUACUAGCAUCUGUGAGCCUGAUUUAGUUGCGUGUUCUUCUUUGAUAACUGGUUAUUCGAGAUGCGGGAAUCACAAGGAGGCUUUGCAUAUGUUUGCUGAUCUGAGAAUGAGUGGUAAGAAGCCAGAUUGUGUUCUUGUGGCGAUUGUAUUAGGGUCUUGUGCUGAGUUAUCGGAUUCAGUUUACGGAAAAGAAGUGCACGGUUAUGUUAUUCGACUAGGAUUAGAACUUGAUAUCAAGGUCUGCUCUGCUCUUAUAGACAUGUACUCAAAAUGUGGGUUUCUGGAUUGCGCGAUGAGUCUUUUCGCUGGAAUUCCAGAGAAAAACAUUGUUUCUUUCAACUCCCUUAUUUUGGGUCUUGGCUUGCACGGGUUUGCUUCCUCUGCGUUUGAAAAGUUCACUGAGAUGCUUGAGAUGGGAUUGAAACCUGACAAGAUCACUUUCUCUGCUCUUCUUUGUACUUGUUGCCAUUCGGGUCUUUUAGACAAAGGUCAAGAGAUCUUCGAGAGGAUGAAGAGUGAGUUUGGUAUUGAACCGCAAACAGAGCAUUAUGUUUACAUGGUAAAGCUAAUGGGAAUGGCUGGAAAACUAGAAGAAGCAUUUGAGUUUGUAAUGUCAUUACGAAAACCAAUUGAUUCAGGAAUUUUGGGAGCACUAUUGUCAUGUUGUGAAGUUCAUGAGAACACUCAUUUGGCGGAAGUUGUAGCAGAGAAAAUACAGAAGAGUGGAGAAGAGAGAAGAAGUGUUUACAAAGUGAUGCUCUCUAAUGUGUAUGCAAGAUAUGGGAGAUGGGAUGAAGUAGAGAGGCUUAGAGAUGAGGCAAGAACGAGGAUCGUAAGAAUGGAGCGAGCAAAAACAGAAGUGGAGAAGAAAGUUUCAAAACUUUUAAAGUUCAUCCAAAACAAAAAUAGGAUUCCAAGGGAUUCAAAGAAGGAGCUUCUAGGGAUUGUUAACGAUCUUCAAGAGCAGUGUCAGUCUCUCUAUUCUGCAUGUGAUGAUUUCCAACAAGAUUUAGAUCCGAAAAGUGGUGGCAGAAGAAAAGGGAAAUCGCGUGCUGCUUCAUCGAGUUCGGAUUUGGAAUAUUACUCUUCAGAGGAAAUAGAGAAUGUUGUUGAAGAAGGAAUUGAAAUUUGUGAGCUUCAAAACAAGAUUGAGGCAUUGAGGAAUGAGGCUGAAGAGAAACAACGAGAAUUGACUUUGCGUGUGAAUCAGUUAGAACAAGAGCUAGGUAAUGCAAAAGCUGAGUGUGAUCGGAAAGGAAAUUUAGAGAAGGAGAUUGCGAUGAAAGCUAGUGAAAGUAAGCAAUUAGGAGAGAAGAACAAAGGGCUUAGAUCUCAGAUCUCCGGUUUGGAAUCGGUUUUGAAAGAGAAAGGGGAUGAGAUAUCAACACUUGUGAACAAGUUUGGGAAUAGUGAGUUGGGUUUAACAUCGAGAAUCGAAGAUUUGAAAUGCCAAUUAAAAAAUUUAGAACAAGAAAUCGGUUUCCUUCGUGCACGAAAUGCGGGUUUGGCUGGAAAUUUAGAAGUUAAGAGAGUCGAAGAGAAAGAACGUGUUAAGGGCUUGAUGGAUCAGGUAAAUGGUAUGAAACAUGAGCUUGAAUCAUUGCGGAGCCAGAAAGAUGAAUCUGAAGCAAAGUUGGAGAAGAAAGUCGAAGAAGUUACAGAGACGAAGAUGCAAUUGAAAAAUCUGGAAGAAGAAACAGAGGAAGAGCGUAAUAGACUGAAUGAAGAGAUUGACAAUCUUAGAGGAGAAAAUCAGAUGCUGGAUAGAAGAAUCGCAGAGCUCGAUUCAUUACAUAUGGAGAUGAAGACGAAGAGCGAUCAUGAAAUGGAAGAUGCGAGCAAGAAAUUGGACAUUCAAGUUUCUGAUCAGAAGAAAUUGGUCAAGGAACAAGAUGAUAUUAUUCGCAGGCUAUCGGCAAAAAUCAAGGAUCAGCAGAGACUCCUCAAAGAACAAAAAGACACCAUUGACAAGUUCUCUGAAGAUCAGAAGCUAUCGAAACGUUGGUCAUUUGGUUCGAGCCGGGAUUCGAAACUGAAUCCAAAUGCGUUAGAGAGGAAAAUGGAAGAAUUAGCUGAAGAUUUCCGGAUGAAGAUAGAAGAUCAUAUUAGGAUACUAUACAGGAGGAUCCAUGUAGCUGAACAAAUACACUUAGAGAGCAAGAACGACUACAUCAAAACACGAGACAUGCUUCAAGAAAACAAGGAAAACAGAGAAAGUUUGAUGUUUUUCGAAACCCAAUUCAACAAAAUGAAAGACGCUUUGGAAGAAGGUUUCACUGGAUCCGAAACCGCGAUGAAGAAACUAGAAGAAGCAGAGGAAACCACGAACCGAGUUGCUAGAUUAGCAAAAGAGAUGGAGUCAGCGAAGCAUUGGGUGAGUGAGAAGAAGAGCGAGGUAGAGACUUUAACCGCAAAGCUAGAAUGCAGAGAAGCACAAGAAACAUUGUUGAAGGAGAAGUUAUCAAAGCUAGAGAAGAAGCUUGCGGAAGAAGGAACAGAGAAACUGAAACUAGCAAAGGUUUUGAGCAAAUUCGAAACGAGAAUAAAAGAGCUUGAGAUGAAGGUGAAGGGAAGAGAAGUAGAAUUAUGUCCCGGGCAUGAUUUGUUAGUUCCAGAUAUCGAACUUUUGAUUGGAGAAGAAAUGAGAAAGCUUAGUAUUAGAGACUCCUUGAAAUCUUUCUUUGAGCCUCAUCUUCAUCCUGAUAAUGGUGAAUCACUCAAAGGAACAAAAACUGAAAUUGAUGAGAAAGUGAAGAAAAUCUUGGGAAUUGUUGAGAGUGGAGAUAUUGAGGAAGAUGAAUCCAAAAGACUAGUGGUUGCUGAGUUAGUGAAGGACUUCUACAAAGAGUAUGAGUCUUUGUAUCACCAAUACGAUGAUCUAACGGGUGAGAUCAGGAAAAAAGUUCAUGGGAAAGGAGAGAACGAUAGCUCUUCUUCUUCGAGCUCAGACUCGGAUUCAGAUGCGAAGAGCAAGAGAAACGGGCGGGGUGAGAAUGACAUAGAGUUGGUAAAGAAACAGAUGGAAGAUGCAAAUCUUGAAAUUGAUGAUCUCAAAAGAAAGUUAGCAACAACUGAUGAAGAAAAAGAAGCUGUUGAAUCAGAGCACCAAGAGAUUUUGAAGAAGUUGAAGGAAUCAGAAGAGAUCUGUGGGAAUCUAAGACUUGAAACCGAGAAGUUAACAAGUGAGAACAAAGAACUAAAUCAGAAACUUGAAGUUGCUGGUGAGACGGAAUCUGAUCUGAAUCAAAAGCUAGAAGAUGUGAAGAAAGAGAGAGAUGGAUUGGAAGCAGAGCUUGCGAAUAAGGCGAAAGAUCACGAGAGUACACUGGAAGAAGUUAACUGUCUACAGGGGCAAAAGAACGAAACCGAAGCUGAACUAGAGAGAGAGAAGCAAGAGAAACCAGCGUUAAUGAAUCAGAUAAAUGAUGUGCAGAAAGCGUUGUUAGAGCAAGAAGCUGCGUACAAUACGCUGAGCCAAGAACACAAACAGAUCAACGGUUUGUUCGAAGAACGAGAAGCAACAAUCAAGAAGCUCACAGAUGAUUACAAACAAGCACGGGAGAUGUUGGAGGAGUACAUGUCGAAGAUGGAGGAGACAGAGAGGAGAAUGCAAGAGACCGGUAAAGAUGUUGCAUUGAGGGAAUCCGCGAUUGUAGAUCUCGAAGAGACGGUAGAGAGUCUACGUAAUGAAGUAGAGAUGAAAGGAGACGAGAUAGAGAGUUUGAUGGAGAAGAUGAGUAACAUCGAGGUUAAACUCCGUUUGUCUAACCAGAAACUGAGAGUAACCGAACAAGUGUUAACGGAGAAAGAAGGAGAGUUGAAGAGAAUAGAAGCUAAGCAUUUAGAGGAACAAGCAUUGCUUGAGGAGAAAAUCGCAGCAACCCACGAAACAUAUCGAGGUAUGAUCAAAGAUAUAUCAGAGAGAGUGAAUUCAACAAUACUAAACCGGUUCCAAUCCCUGUCUGAAAAACUUGAGGAGAAGCACAUAAGCUACGAGGAAACAGUGGUUGAAGCGACGAAUAUGCUUCUGACGGCGAAGAAGUGUGUGAUAGAGAUGAAGAAGGAGAAGGAAGAGAUGGAGAAGGAGAAGGAAGAGGUGGAGAAGAAGCUUGAAGGUCAAGUAAGAGAAGAGGAGAAAGAGAAGGAGAAGUUGAAGGAGACAUUGUUGGGAUUAGGAGAAGAGAAGAGAGAAGCGAUAAGACAGUUAUGUGUAUGGAUCGAACACCAUAGAGACCGUUGUGAGUAUCUUGAAGAGGUUUUGUCGAAGAUGGUUGUGGCAAGAGGACAAAGAAGGUCACAACGAGCUUAAAAAUGUCUCGUUCCCUUCUCAAACCGUGUAAGUUAGAGCUUAACUGUGUUUAUUUUUCUGAUUGGGGGUUUGUUUAUUUUUCCAAGUCAAAAUUGUUUUGUUGGGGUGACGUGUGUGUGACGAUUGUUUUGUAGUUGUAAGAUCAUAAAGAUGGAUUUGGACU